AUGACCGACUCACGUGACCAAGGGCUCAAAGCCCACUGGAAAUGUAUUGCAGCAUGUACGUUGGUCAGCAUGUGCCCGUUCCAGUACGGGAUCGAUUUUGGGAUCAUUGGCGGUCUUCAAGCAAUGCCAGGCUUCCUUGCGGUAUUUGGCCACGAGGACCCAGACUCACCGAUCGGGUACAACAUUUCCCACACAAGGCAGCAGCUGAUCUCAUCCUUUAUGAUUUUGGGUGCUUUCGCGAGCUCAGCCUGUGGAGGUCCGAUUGCAAAAUUCAUUGGCCGGAAAGCAUCUAUCUGGCUUGCGAGCUUGCUGUGCGUCAUUUCCAAUAUCAUCAUGCAGACUACCACUGGCAUUGGAGCAUUAUAUUUCGCCCGUCUACUGAACGGUACAGCCAAUGGACUCUACUUGACCUUCGCCCAAUUGUACUUGAAUGAAUGUGCUCCAGCAAGGUACCGUGGUCUCGUCAUUGGUCUGUUCCAGUCCUGGACAUCCAUUGGAACUCUAGUUGGGACCAUCGUCGACAACUUCACCGUCAAGAUUGGAGGACGAAGCUCCUACAUCGUCCCUCUUGGAAUCAUCUACAUCGUGCCAGGCCUCUUGUCCAUCGGCUUGUUCUUCAUCCCCGAAUCGCCAAGAUGGUAUCUCCUUCGAAACGAGACCGAGAAAGGUCGCAAAGCCCUCCAUUGGCUCCGCCCGUACCCCGAUCUCGUCGACCAGGAAGUCAGCGAAAUCCUCGCGGCCAUCGAAGCCGAGAGAGCGCUUGCUCAAAGCGCUGAUCUUAUGGAUAUGUUCCGAAAUCCAGUCGAUCGCAGGCGGACACUUCUUUCCUGUGCCGCCAUUAGUUUGCAAGCAGCCUCGGGCGCCAUGUAUAUGAUCUCAUAUGGCACCUACUUCUUCGAGAUGGCUCAAGUUGGCUCCGCCUUCGAGAAUGCCUGUAUCCUCGUUGCAGUGGGCGUAGUGGCCAUCCUGAUCAACAGCGCCAUCAUCACUCGGUGGGGUCGGAGGAGAGUGUUCCUUACAGUCGGAAUGACCCUCUGCGGUAUCACCCAGUUGAUCAUUGCGGUUGUUUACCAACAAAAAGGCCCAAGUACCUCUACCGGAAAGGUGAUUGUGGGGGUCUCAGUCGUCUACAUCGUCGGCUACAACGGCAUGGUGGCAACCUAUGCCUGGCUCUGCGGCGCCGAAUUCCCAUCUCAGAGACUGCGAAGCUACACCUUCGGGCUGGCAACGUCCAUCGGCUUCCUCGGCGCAUGGCUCGCGACAUUUACCGCCCCUUACUUCAUCAACCCAGACUCCCUCAACUGGGGUCCGAAAUACGGCUACAUCUGGUUCCCGUCCUGCCUGGUCGGCGCCAUCUGGACAUUCUUCUUCCUGCCUGAGGUGCAGAACCGUACGUUCGAGGAGAUAGACGAGAUGUUCGAGGCACGCCUCCCAGCACGCAAAUUCCGACAAUAUCGAUGCAUUGGAUCGGUGGCAGCGGUGGCAGCAGCGGCACAGGAGGAUUCCGCGGCGCUCGAAAAGGAUAUUGUCUUGGAACGGGCCAGCCAUGAGGAAAUGGUGCAGAGGAAUGUCAAGGGUGGCACUGAGACGGCUGUGGCACAUAUCUAA